GCUGUGUGGCACUACCCAUAUAAGAAGCUCCCAGCCUGUGACAGGGAACCCAGUGCUGGUGUCACCUACAUCCCUGUCUCCAUCACUGCAUCUCCAGCUGAAGCUCCCUUCCCCUGAGAGCCACCCCCCAGUCCCCAGUCCCCUGCCCUCCCCUUCCCCGUCUCCUGCAUCUCCUGGACAGACCUCACCGCUGUUGCUGCAGUCACCUCUGCAUCCAUCCACACCGCAGCCUCCUCAGGGCCGGCAAAAUGCAGUUUGAGAUGCACGACAACAACGUGAAAGGCAAAGCUAUGUCCUACCCAGUGACCACGCAGCCCCAGUGUGCCAGCACCUGCUACCAGACCCAGCUCAGUGACUGGCACACGGGUCUCACUGACUGCUGCAAUGACAUGCCUGUCUGUCUGUGCGGCACUUUCGCUCCCCUGUGCCUCGCCUGCCGCAUCUCCGACGACUUCGGCGAGUGCUGCUGCGCGCCCUACUUGCCCGGAGGCCUGCACUCCCUGCGCACUGGCAUGCGCGAGCGCUACCACAUCCAGGGCUCCGUCGGGCACGACUGGGCGACCCUCACCUUUUGUCUGCCCUGCGCCCUCUGUCAGAUGGCGCGGGAGCUGAAGAUCCGAGGGUAACGACGUUCCCGCCUCCCUCCCCCUUAGCCACUAGUCAGGCCUGGCCU